AUCAAAUGAAAAUACAUAGAGUGGUUAUUUUGUUAAAUAAAAAGUGAUUUGGUAAAUAAUUUCAAGGUGCGUCCCACGUGAUCUACAAAAUGGCGGAGAGCCUGAAUCCUUUCGAAGAAACUGAUUAUAUUGAAUCUGAGAUACAAAACACUAGCACUGAAGAGCCUGUAAUCUCUGAAGUGCAUGUAACUCCAGAGUCAACAGAAGUGUCCUGGGAUGCGAUUGCCACUAAACUUUUAAAGGACAAUUACAUUUUGACAGCUCUCGAGUUACACACUGAGCUUGUGGAAUCAGGAAGAGAGCUUCCUAGAUUGAGAGACUACUUCUCAAAUCCUGGCAACUUUGAAAGAACAAAAGAGGACACGCCCUCGCCGACAUUACCUCGGACUUCAAGUGUACAGACCUUUGAUUCCCUGGACUUUGCCCGCUACUCUGAUGAUGGGGAAAGACAAGUUGAUGAGAGAGUGGCUGUUUUAGAAUUUGAAUUGCGAAAGGCACAGGAGACAAUAAAAUCCCUACGAGCUACUCUUACAAGGGAAGCAGAAAAUGAGAUUGUCUCCCCGGACACAGAGAAGCACCUUGCAGGUGGCAUAUGUGUGGAAGACAGCAUCAAGCCUCUCGAACAGCGAGCACUCAACUUCCUCGUGAACGAGUACCUCCUGCUCAAUGACAACAAAAUCACAUCGGUCACUUUCUCAGAAGAGAAUGAGGAGCAAGACUUCGAGGACUGGGAUGAUGUGGGCCUCAACAUACCCCGGCCUCCAGAUCUCCUGCACUUGUUCCGUGACUAUGGCAACCAUAUCAUGCCGACCAAGGAGACACAGGAAGUGGCUUGUGAGGCAGAUCUGGAGGAUGAAGAUUUCCAGGAGCGACAGCAGGACUGGCAGCUCAUCCGGGAACAGAUGGAGAGCAAGAUCUGUGAGCUUGAGGACCAGGUCCAGAUGAUUGCACAAGAAAAUGAUGUUCUGUCCCAGCAAGUCAGUAUCCUCAAGAUGUCACCUCUGAAGAACACACAGUUGAAUCACUCCACACCAGUAGGGCACAAGGUCGAGCCCACCAAGACCAGUCCAUCGACACAUAAUAACCAGCCAAUGAGUGACGGCCAUGACGACUCUCAGCCAAUCACAGAUCCUAAUGUGGAAGAUGUGUCUGGCCAGUCGGACUCUAUGAAUCUCGAUGCGUCUGCCAUAACGCAAAACCAUGUAGGAGAGGACACUGAUGGAGAUGUGCAUUCAGGGGGAGAUAACUGUGCUGCUUACAGUGAUAGGGUGGAUGGGGUUGGUCAGCAGUCAGAAGAUGGAGAUGCUUCCCUCACAGAGAAUGUGAUAGACAGGAAAAUGUCCCCGGCAUUUAGGAAGGCUUUGCAGGAUCUGGCUUUCCAUGUUUCCAGGGACAAUAGGAUUGUUGCUGAGAUGUCUAAGAUGAGUGAAGGGGAAGGAGUGGUAUCCAUGUUGGGCCGGUGUCUCCCCCAUAUUGUCCCCAACGUCCUCCUGGCCAAGAGAGAGGAAUUGAUCCCACUCAUCCUGUGCACGGCCAUGUUGCACUCGGACUCGAAGGAGAGAGACCGACUUCUCAACAUUCUCUUUAACCUCAUCAAGAAGCCAGAUGAUGAACAAAGACAAAUCAUCCUGACAGGGUGUAUAGCAUUUGCUCAACACGUGGGUCCGACACGCCUGGAGACGGAACUAUUGCCUCAAUGCUGGGAACAGAUCAGCCACAAGUAUGUGGAGAGAAGACUGCUAGUGGCAGAAGCUUGUGGAGCUCUGGCUUCAUACCUCUCGCAUGAAAUCCGCAGCUCGUUGUUGAUGUCCAUGCUGACGCAAAUGCUGCGUGACGACAAGGAUGACGAUGUGAGGGAAGCUGUGAUCAAGAGUCUUGGACUUCUCACAGGAUUUAUCUGUGAUACUGACAAGUUUGCUCAGGGAUCUGAACUACUAAAGAUAGGGUUGCGCGACUCGUCCGAGAAAGUCCAACAAGCCACGCUUCAUGUGUUCCUCCCAUCGUUCGCUGCCUGGGCGUAUGAGCUGGGUCGGCUCGAGCAUGAACUCCUGCAUUCUGUGUUGCGGGACCUGGAGGAAAUAGUUAAGGGUGCUCUCACGAUACAGAAAACUACAAACAGCACAACACUUCCUCUUGACGAGAGCCGUUUCUUGAUCCUUCUCAAAGAACUGACAGAGUUACUCCCCUUCCAGUUUGUUUCCGUCCUUGAAAGUGGUCCAUUUAUCAAACAUCUUGAGUCAUCUGUUGAAGGUGUUGAAGACAUUGACAUGUCCAGAUUCCCGAUGUCUAAUUGUCCACUGUCCGACCUGAGUGUCAUUCUGGGAGGCAAGCAGGAGUUGUCUACCCUUGUCCAUCUCUACUCUGAGCACCUGUCACAAGAGUGGUUUGAACCCUGGGAACAGCUCAACUGGGUUGUGAAUAAUCUUCUGGCCAGGAUCCUCGAGGUGACCAUGGGCGUCGGUCUCUCCAUGCAGAAGGUGGUCAAUGCCUUGUGUAAAUAUGUCUUCCGGCUAUGUCGAACAUUUGGGAAAACCUUCACUGAUAAGAAGGUGAAACCCAAGUUUGAAGAGCUUGUGAUUCUACCAGAGGAGCAACUAGAUCACCAAGUUAACCUGGGGCACACAGCCAUUACCACCUGUGUUGUACCGGUGUACGCAGUCGGAGUGCUCACAUCUUUCAGCACGGAGGAAGACCGGAAGCAGCUGGAGGAGUUCCUCACUCAGGUGUUAUGUACACUGGCGUUUUGUCAGGCUCCCCUCGACAGUUUGAAGGCAACGUUCCUGGAGCUCAGUUCAAGUGAAGACAACCAUGAAUUAUUACUGACAGUCCUGUGGUGUGGGGUUGUACACACGUCUGCUCCUGUCAGGGCAACGUCGGCCAUCUUGUUUGAGCUCCUGAUUCAAAACCUAAAUGAUACGUUCAUCUCCACACGGGUUGUGCCAGCUCUAGUCACUCUCGCCAAUGACCCAGAAAUCUCAGUUAGAAUAUCCACUAUUCCCUCCCUCGGCGCCAUCAUAGAGCAUGUGUCAAUACGAGAGGUGUUGGACCGGGUGUACAUGCAGCUACAGACAUUCUUCGACGACCCUGUGUAUCGAGAGCAGCACGUCGUCCAUGUGGAGUUGAUCCGCACAAUGGCGCAUGUUGGACCAAAUACAGAACCAAAGUUCAGGGAUGAGUUUAUUCUACCCCGGCUGGCAGCAAUGGCGAUGGCCAAUAAUAAUGUGACCAACGAGACCAAGAAGAUGGACAUUGCAAUGCAGCUGUUUGAAGCCUACAGCGCCAUGUCUUGCUGUUUCAUCAAUGACCAGCUCAUCCAGGAAGCCAUGUUGCCCGGACUCCGAUGUCUACGGCAGGACAUGGCCGUCAUCGCUCCUGACCACGAGGAAGUCGUUGCCUCCAUGGUCCGCGAGUACGAGUCCAAGAUGGAGGGAGCCCGUCCAGGGGACAGGAACCUAAGCUUCGCCCAGUCACCAGGGGCUCAACUGGGUUCAGCAGCAGACGACAUGAAGUCCCGGGUCAUGUCACGCAUCAAGGACACCACAUCCAAGGCCAAUAUCUCCAAUAUAUUCACACGCAGGAAGUGAUGUCAUGGGCAGCCUUGCAGGUCCGCAGCAACCAUUCACAUGUAGACUUUUGUGUAUGGAGUAUCAAUGACAUUAAAUAUGGCAGCAUCCCAUGCUCAGCCGCAGUCAGCACAUGUACACCUUGACCUUGAAAAACAUUUGAGAACUUACAGGUAUAUUUUAGGAAUAUUUUAUUUCUACAAGUGAGUAAAAAUAUUUUUUGAAGAAAAUGCUUCAGUUGUAGCUUGUCUGAGUUGAGAUAGAGGCUGAGAAUUAUUUGCAGGACUCUGGAAAAAGUAUUGAGUUACAAGGUCAUCUGAAUGACAGCAGAAUGAGCUUCAAACUGUGGGUGUGAUUUCUGUUCAAAAUACAUGAUUGGAAGAUGUUAACAUCUUUAAGAAUGGAUAAUUGUAAAUAUAUGUUAUUCUUGCGAAAUAUGGAAAACAGGAAAAGAAAACACUUUCUACGUGUCUGUCCUGUAUUGAAUUAUAACUGUAUCAGUACAGUUGUCAAUCUGAUAUUGGUCUGGCAUCAGCCCUGCUUAAUCCUUGUAUCAGCCCAAUAUCAACUUGGUUUAAGUCCUGUAUCAAGUAUCAGGUAUGUGCCCUGUUUAAGCCUCAUAUCUAGUAUCAGUCUGUUAUCUGCCUUUUUUAAGCCAGUUUUCAGUUUAAGCCAUCUCGCUGUCUGGUAACCUUGUAUCAGUCCAAUAUUAGCCCUGUUUAAGCCUUGCAUUAGCUCUGCAUCAACCUUAUGUCAGUCCUUUGUCAAUCCAGUAUCAGUCCAAUAUCAGCUCUGUUUAAGCCUUGCAUAAGCUUUGUAUCAACCUUAAGUAAGCCCUGUAUCAAUCCAGUAUCAGUCCAAUAUCAGCUCUGUUUAAGCCUUGCAUAAGCUUUGUAUCAACCUUAUGUAAGCCCUGUAUCAAUCCAGUAUCAGUUCAGUAUCAGCUCUGUUUAAGCCUUGCAUAAGCUUUGUAUCAACCUUAUGUAAGCCCUGUAUCAAUCCAGUAUCAGUUCAGUAUCAGCUCUGUUUAAGCCUUGCAUAAGCUUUGUAUCAACCUUAUGAAAGCCCUGUAUCAAUCCAGUAUCAGUUUAGUAUCAGGUAUGAGCACAGUCUGAGCCCAUCAGCCUUGUAUCAGCUGCUGUUAUCCAACUUGUUUAAACCUACUUAUCAUCCCUCAAGUAGUCCAGCCCAGUAUCAACUGUGGUGUAUAACCCUGUAUCAGUCCGGUAUCAGUUCAGUAUCAGGUCUGAGCCCAUCAGCCUUGUAUCAGCUGCUGUUAUCCAAUUUGUUUAAACCUACUUAUCGUCCCUCAAGCAGUCCAGCCCAGUAUCAUCUGUGGUGUAUAACCCUGUAUCAGUCCGGUAUCAGCCUGUUAUCAGUCCAUUGCUCCUGUGUCAGUGAGAUUUAAGUCCAGUAUCACCCAAAUAUCAUCCAGGAUGCCAUUGUACAAAAUAACCUUAGCGCUACGAUUGUCAUAGGUCUGUGUUAAGGUAUCGGAGCUACGAUCACAUUAGGGCUAAGAUCGCUUUGUACAACGAGACCCUGGUUACUACAUAUACAUACUCUCAAUAUUAAUAUGAUAUCCCCCAGCUGGUGUAUAGUAUACAACAAUAAUGUAUGUGCAAUACUGUGACUUGUAUUAUGACAUCACCUGUAAUAUAUUUAGAUGUCUGUAUUGCUGUUGUCUGUGAUACAGGUUGAAUGUGGCUACUUGGUAUGGUGUAUAUAAGUAAGUCCUAGCCUGUACAUUUGUGUGUACCACCACUCCCUCCUUGGAAACAAGGGUGGACGGUAUGGGUGGUCUUCACAAUAAUGUUUUAGCAUUAAUAUCCUUAAUAUAUUUGUUGGUGUGCUGAACACCUGGAUGGUCUCUGCGCCCUGGCUGUAUCAGCAGGUUUGUGUGAGGUUUAUGGACACAGGUGGAGCCUGUCUGUUGUCUGUUUCACGCAGUGGUUGAAAACAUGAUCUCAUUUACUGUAGAAAAUCAAACGUGUGUGUGUGUGUAAUAUGCGAUGUUGAUGAUUGUUUGAGUUGAGUUGUCUGAUGUUAGUUGAGUUGGUAUGUUCCCUUCUUCUCAACCCUCCACCCUCUAGCUGCCAACCCCUCACCCUCUGCCAACCCUCUGCCCUCUCCCUGUCAACCCUCCGCCCCCUACCUGUCAACCCUCUGCCCCCUACCUGUCAACCCCUCACCCUCUGCCAAUCCUCUGCCCCCUACCUGCCAACCCUCCGCCCCCUACCUGCCAACCCUCCGCCCCCUAUCUGUCAACCCUCCGCCCCCUACCUGCCAACCCUCCGCCCCUACCUGCCAACCCUCCACCCCCUACCUGUCAAUCCCUCACCCUCUGCCAACCCUCCACCCCCUAUCUGCCAACCCCUCACCCCCUACCUGUCAAUCCCUCACCCUCUGCCAACCCUCCACCCCCUAUCUGCCAACCCCUCACCCCCUACCUGUCAACGCCUCACCCUCUGCCAACCCUCUGCCCCCUACCUGCCAACCCUCCGCCCCCUCCUCCGCCCCUACCUGCCAACCCUCUGCCCCCUACCUGCCAACCCCACACCCUCUGCCAACCCUCCACCCUAACCCCCACCCUACUCAAUUACUUUUCCAACCCCGCCUCCAUCACCACCCCUUCCACGCCAGCUACCCCAACCACACCACCAACACUUUCCAGUCCACUGUGCCCACUCUGACUGAUCAAUUUCAUGAAAGUCUUACACGAUCGAAAAUCUGUCUGUCCUGAUGGUCUGUUGUUGAAUGCUUCCUGUAUUGUUAUUCUAGUCGCCAUCUUCACGGACCUCACAGCUUGGAGAGUGACCUGCCCCUGUUUAUGCUUUACCAACUUUAUAUUCUCAUGUGUCAAUUCUGUGUCAGCUUUUUAUCAUUCUGUAUCAAAUCAAGGGCUUUGCUGAAACAGAAAGUGGAUGUUCCGUCUGGCUGUUCAAAAUUUCACCCCUUCUCUGCGUAUGUUUAAGUUUUUUAUUUCGGUCAUCUCGGUAAAAAGGCAACCGUCCACAUUUUAUAACUUGUGUACAACAACAUCUGUUUUUGCUCAUAAGUCACCAUGAAAUGGGGCAAAUGAAAGCCAAGAUUUAAUCUCAGAGUGCAGGAAAAAAUGUUCUAAAAUUUUCAGAGCCCUGCUAGGUCCUCAGGUUUUCCACCACUUAGUUGUAGGCAAGCUAGUUUGGAGAAGGGCCAGUAACUCUUAAAAGGAGCAAGCCCUACUGGCUAUAAACAAAUUUGUUGUUUUAAAUCUACCCCGGCUUUAGCAGUUUCUGUAUACUGAAAUAUACUAUUGAAGUGAAAUAAAGGAACAUUUCUGUUGUCCCCUGCCAUGAUAUUGCUGGAAUAUUGCUAAAAGUGGCGUAAAACAAUAAUCACUCACUCACUCACUCACUCACUCACUUACUCCCAAAGAGGUAAAAGUGUAAAACCUGCAUCACUUUCCUCCCACAUUAAGCUGACACUAAAAUACUGUUAAAAAGCAUCACUGAACCAACUCACUCACCCCACAGAUGAAGGUGUUCAGGGAGCAUUCAGGAUGUCACGUGAAACAGAUGCUGUUCCCUUAUUUCUUUCCAUCAGUAUAGUUCAUUUCUAUCCUCAAAAUAAGUUAAAGAACACCCGAAUUUUUCAUUGACUAUGGUUAAUGUGUCAUGAACACGACAGAUUAACAGUGAAUAUGUCAUGAACACGACAGAUUAACAGUUAAUAUGUCAUGACCACGACAGAUUAACAGUUGAUAUGUCAUGACCACGACAGAUUAACAGUUAAUAUGUCAUGACCACAACAGAUUAACAGUUGAUAUGUCAUGACCACGACAGAUUAACAGUUAAUAUGUCAUGACCACGACAGAUUAACAGUUAAUAUGUCAUGACCACGACAGAUUAACAGUUGAUAUAUCAUGAACACGACAGAUUAACAGUUCAUAUGUCAUGACCAUGACAGAUUAACAGUUAAUAUGUCAUGACCACGACAGAUUAACAGUUAAUAUGUCAUGAACACGACAGAUUAACAGUUAAUAUGUCAUGACCAUGACAGAUUAACAGUUGAUAUGUCAUGACCACGACAGAUUAACAGUUAAUAUAUCAUGAACACGACAGAUUAACAGUUAAUAUGUCAUGAACACGACAGAUUAACAGUUAAUAUGUCAUGACCACGACAGAUUAACAGUUAAUAUGUCAUGAACACGACAGAUUAACUAUAAUCAUGUGAACAAAUCAGAAGGUAUAUAACACUUCUAUGAUGAUUAUCAAAGCUAUUACAUGCAUGUAACCCAACGUUAUGAAGGUUUUUUUGGUUUUGUUUUUCAAUUGUUUAACAUUUAAUGUUAAGAUGUUGUGCCGAACACUAACUGCAUCAUAUAACGACACAGAGAUGGGAAAGUAGGGGAGACUUCGUGGCUGUUAUAAUUACAUGGUGUGGCAGCUUGGAACAGACAGCAGCCUGGGGUACAUUCGUUUCUCAUUCCUCACAUGUUUCACCGAGAGAUGAAAAAGAGUUUGAUCAAAGCAGGUGUAACAUGCUCUGUAAAAGAGAAUUGAUCAAUUAUGUAAAUUAGCGUCACAAUGAGGCUGAGACAAAAGGCUGAGCUUGAGGAAAUCCUUUGAUCCUGAAUUUGGACAUGUAACUGGCAUGUCACUGUCACGUACUGUCAUGUCACUGUCGUGUCAUGUCAAGCAGGCAGAGCUGGUGAGAUAGGAGUACAUGGAACUCAGCUAGUUUCCCAGAACACACAGAGAAUUUUAUAAUAAUGUUGAGAUGUUUGUGCAUAUUUUAGACAUGUAUAAUGGCCUGUGUUUAGAGAUUUUUAACAUAUUAAAUGCUUGUUUGUUUGUUUGAAUGUAAUGAUUUUAGAUAUUUUUUCUAUUAUUAUCUAGACAUAUCAUAUGUAAAGGUUGUCGAUGUAGCUGUUGCUGUUACGAUGUUGACUGGUACAUGAUAUGACAUAUUAUCAUUUUAAGUCUGAGAACUUUUGCAGAGAAUGCAGGUAGUGAGACACUAUGCACUUUCGUCAUGCAGUGUGCCUUCUGAACAACUACAUGACCUGUGAACGAAAAAUAGGGGCGGUGGGGUGGCCUUGUGGUUAAAUUGUCCACUCAUCACGCUGAUAGCCUGGGUUCGAUUCCCACAUGGGUACAAUGUGUGAAGCCUAUUUUUGGUGUCCCCCACCGUGAUAUUUGUGGAAUAUUGCUAUAAACAGUGUAAAACUAUACUCACUCACUCACUGAACAAAAACGAUUAAAAAUUGUUAUCCCACAGUGUUGUAAGUGAGAGAAUAUGAGUGUUCAAUCAGGAACUGAGAGAUGCACAAAAAUGAUGGAGGCACAAGAACAGUUAGUGUGCUGCAAACAGGCACACCCUAUGUUAAUAGUUAAGUAUUACGUCAGUGAUAGACUGUGAUUGUGUCAAAGAAUUUUAAAGCUGAACUUGCAGUUUCAUAUUUGCCAGAUGGAGUAGCCUCCCUUUAGUCAGGUCAGUAACAGUUGGCAGACAACAUGACAGUGAGUGAGUGAGGUUGUUGUGUAGACAUGAUAGAUGUCAAGAUGGGUCUGAAACUUGAAGAAAAAAGGAAUUUCUUUAGUUGGGUGGAGGACCAACAAGGCAAGGCAGACACUUAACCUACAAAUGUCUGAAACUUCACAAUCAACAGCUAGAUUUGCAUCACCCACAGUGAGUAGAGUGCAGUGCGAUAGUGUUUAAUGACAAUACAAGAAAUUAGUCUAGCAGUUGGUGGUGAACCUUUCUAACGAUCGAUGAAAGAGGAAUAAUCUCACUCACUCAUUGUUCGAAUUAAAAUUCGUGUUAGGACAGCUAGACUAAUUGUAUAUAGUGUACUAGAAGUGAGUGAGUGUGUGUGUGAGUAUUUGUGUGUGGUUUUUAUUGUUGGAGUGAUAUUGUGACCACACAUGUACAGAUAUUUCGUGUUGUAUCAUGUGUUGUAUAUCCCAGUAAUAUAUAGACUGUAAUCUCAUGGCAACAAUGAUGUUAACAAUGUUGUACAUAUUUCUUCAAUAUUUAAUCAUUCAAGUGUAUGUUGUUGGUUUCAUAAUACCCACCAUAAUAUUGUGCGACCCUUCCAUCAUUCCAUAAUGUAAACUGCUGGGUAAAAAAAAGUAUACCCUUGAAUAUUGGAUUUGACCAAAAAAUAGAAAUGUUAUUAAAACAUUACUAGGCUGAAAACAGUCGCCGAAACACUGCAAACUUAAGGUCCAACACAACUAUGAUACCUGUAUCAAAUACCGUAUUCCACAUAAUAAGCGCCCUGCUCUAAUAAGCGCCCAUGGCGAUAUUUGCUAAUAUAUUGGCUAGUGAACAAUCCCAAUUAGCACCCCUUCGGAUUGAUCAACGUACACAAGACUCAUUUAUUCGCGUGCAAUAUGCACUCGUGUGUUAUAUGCACCCUUAAUUAUUGGCAAUUAAAUUCUGGAAAAAUAUAUCUGCUGUACAUAAACAUUUCAGGCUGCCAGCAUCAACCACGAAAUUUUAUUUUCUUUCACCAAAAUAAUAUUCUAAUAAGAGCCCCCUAUUUCUAAUUUUGAGAUGCUCUGGGCGCUAAUUAGAUCGAAUACGGUACAUCACCUCCAAAUGACCAUUUCUUGUUUGUUUCAUUUUGGGUCACCAUUAAACAUGGUGUGUACUUUCGUUUGCUCGGCAGUUUCUGUACACUGUACAAACAGACAUGUGAUAACGUGGUGAUGUUUGUCUUGAGACUCACUAAUAUUGAUGAUCUGCAUCCAGAUCAGACCGCUCUUUUUAACAAUUUCUUUGUCUCUUCUUUUUUCCCUGUUCACUAGAAACACAGGCGGAUCCAGCAUUUUUAAAAGGGAGGGAUCCAAAACAUCAAAAUCCUCUCUCAGAUAAUUUUACUUCCUACAAUAUACCCCAGUCUGGACCCCCACCUAAGGCGCCUACUAUAUUAUUACCUGUGAUAAUACGGUCAUUGACAUUGUCGUGACACCAAGACUGACAUUAUUUUUUUUUGACAGUCUUCUCCUUUUUUUAACUGUUUCCCCAGUCAAAGGAAACUGUAGAACCUUAAUAAUCCAGACAAUUUGUGUUUCAUUAAACUUUUUGUUUUAAAAUAUGCAAGUAAUAACUGUCCAAGUUCCAUCUCAAACACAAGUAAAUUAGCAGUGAGGAUAGUCACAGAAUGGGCCAUCCUACAAAUAGUCAGGUGACGCGUACAGGGACUGGUUUGGAUUAAUGAGGUUCAACUGUAGCAAGGGAAACAUUGCAGGGUCCACUACGUAGCUACAACUAAGUCUCAUACUGCCUCGCAGACUACAAUAAUCAGCCGCCGUGAUCUUUGUGUGCAUGUGGGCAGAGGUUGAUUAAUACGGUAGUGAUACAUCUUCAAGUUUAUGGACACAAUUGUAUUUGCUUUAUGACUUUUACUUGUUAGGCCAGACUUUUUGUCUUUUUCUUUUUUACAGAGUUUUGGCCCAAAAUUCAGGUCAGGUCGAAAAAAUUAAUGAAAAAGUCCAAUUUCAAAUAUAUGUUUUUGAUUUCCUCAAAAUGUUAAGUAGGUAAGAAAGAAAAAAGAUGUCAGACAGAUCUGACGCAGUUUGUCAUUAUUUGUAGUUUUUUAAAGUUUUUAAGAUAAAAUUUCUAACAGGUUUUAAUUAUAUUUUAAAUAAUUUAUUUUUGUUGAUAGUGACAGUAAAUAAGCAUUGUUUUAGAUUUAACAUUUUACUUAUUUCUGGUCAGUGGAUAGAAAUAACACUACUUUUCAGUUUUUCAUUUAUUUACAUUUCAAUUUUGUCGGCAGAGUCGUAAGCACAGUUUUACCUAAAGUCUGGCCUCGAUAUACCAUGGUUGAAGUGAACUAAUAAUUUUGCUGGCUUGUAAUGUGAUGUGAUGCUUGUACAUGUGAUGCGAGUAUCCCUGGCAGCAAUAUGGUUACAGAGCCUCCUUGUUAUGACCUGUCUUAUGAUAACUCAUUUCUUCAUCAUCAGGGGCGGUCGGGUAGCCUAGUGGUUAAAGCGUUUGCUCGUCACGCCGAAGACCCGGGUUCGAUUCCCGACAUGGGUACAAUGUGUGAAGCCCAUUUCUGGUGUCCCCCGCCGCGAUAAUGCUGGAAUAUUGCUAAAAGCGGCAUAAAACCAUACUCACUCACCCUGUCUUAUGAUAACUCAUUUCUUCAUCAUCGGGGUUGUGUUUACCCUACUUGCGCUUACAGAGUUGUCAAGUUAGACAAUGUUCUUGUCAAAGGUUGCGCAUUGUUGUCUAUUGAGGGCCAACAGGGCAGUCAUGACAAUUGGAACGUGUCUAAUAUUGAGCCUGUUAUGGAAGCAGUGAAAUAGCCCUGUCUAUUUUUUCAUAGCUGUCAGAUUGGGGAUCACAUCUCCGGUUGUGUCUGUUUGUCCUAUAUAUGUUCCAUGGCUUCUUUUUGUGAAUUCCUCUGCAUUUGGAUGUUACUUUUCACAAUUGUCACAAACAUGUUUUGAAGUCCUCUUUGUUAAGGACAUGUGCUGGUAUGCUUUUGUACAGCUCAAACAUUCGUGGGUGUUCUGACGUCAGUCUGUCCCCAGUGUGAAGUGAUGACGCCAAGAUUCAUAGCUUGAAAGAUAGAGACAAACAUCAGGGAAGGCGUUACAUAUCAAACAGGAAGAGGAAUUGUUUCCCUUUUGAUGCCAUUGAUCACCAGAGUUUUCUGACAUGAGACUUUUCCUCGGAUUCCGGGAAUUACGGGAUCUUUCCUCUCAGAAUGAUGUAAAAUGCACUUAUUUUAAUCCUUGUUUUUAAAAUGUUCCCUAGAUUGGCGAUGUUCCUCCAACAAAGAGUAUAGCUAUUCUCAUGUCUGAGAUGUAAAUGAGUAGUUGAUAACGUUUAACAUGACAUCAUUUCCUUGUUACCUUUGGGACAUCAUACCACUUCAUGACGUCAUCAGUGGAUACCUUUGGGACAUCAUACCACUUCAUGAUGUCAUUAGUGGAUACCUUUGGGACAUCAUACCACUUCAUGAUGUCAUCAGUGGAUACCUUUGGGACAU